ACCCCUUGAAAAGUUGAUAGGUUAUCCAAAAUAUGCCAUGUGAAGUUAAAGUUUGGAAUAAAAGACAAGGCUAUGCUCGGGAUUUAAGAUUGUAUAAGGUGGUAGAUUUUAGAAUUUCCAGAACUAAAAUUGAAUUGUACACCACGCUAAUGAAUGUAAAAUGAUCCAGUUUGAGAAUUUGUUGUAUGCUUGUAAUGGACCUAACAGAACUCAAUAUUGUGUAAAUGAUUUCCAAAUCUGAUAGUCUCCCUGGUGCCUUUUUUCAGGUCACAUUUCUUCGAUACACUCAACAGUGGAAGAAGAAAAUUGUGUUUGUGUUAAAUAAAUCAGAUAUCUACCGGACUGCCCAUGAGCUUGAGGAAGCAAUUUCAUUUGUCAAGGAGAAUACUCGGAAGUUGCUGAAUAGUGAAGAUGUAAUAUUAUAUCCGGUGUCUGCACGGUCUGCUCUUGAAGCAAAACUUUUGACUUCAUCUGUUGGAAAAGAUUAUGAAGAACUAUUAGAUUUUGAUUAUCAGGGUAGAACACAACGCUUCCAUGAACUUGAGGAGUUCUUGUACAGCUUUUUGGAUGGUUCAACAGAUACCGGAAUUGAAAGGAUAAAACUUAAACUUGGAACUCCAGUUGCAGUUGCAGAACGUCUCCUUGCUGCAUCUGAAACACUCGUGAGGCAGGACUGUGAAUAUGCCAGACAGGACUUGGCCUUAGCAAAUAGAAUAGUUGAUAGUGUUAACGAAUACAGAAUGAAGAUUGAAAAUGAGAGCAUCUCUUGGAAAAGACAAGCUUUAUCUAUGAUUGAUUCCACAAAGUCACGUGUUGUUGAGCUCAUAGAAUCUACUCUGCAAUUAUCAAACCUUGAUCUCGUUGCUUCACAUGUAUUUAGAGGAGAAAGAUCUGCCACAGUGCCUACCACCUCAAGGUUUCAAAAUGAUAUACUUGCUCCAGCACUCUUAGAUGCACAGAAAUUGCUAGGUGAAUAUGUAAGGUGGUUGCAAUCUAACAAUGCCCGUGGAGGGAGACUCUAUAAGGAAUCUUUUGAGAACAAAUGGCCUUCUUUGGUUAAUUCAAAAACUCAGCUGCAUAUGGAGAUGUAUGAUCUGCUUAAAAAAGUUGAUGAGCUCAGCUUGAAGGUGGUAGAAGACUUGAGUGCGAGU